GUUUCCCAGAAAUCUCCUGCUAAAUGCAAGGGUUUGCUGUCCUGCAGUUUACUUACUGUAUUGCCAGAGAUUGAAUUUGACACAGAUUCUGGAAACCACAAGGCGAGCUCUCGAGUUCCCUUUGAGAAGAAGCCAUACUCGACCGAGAUGUCACGGCACCACAGCCGAUUUGAAAGAGAUUAUCGCACUGGGUGGGAUCGCCGAGAAUGGAGCUCCAAUGGGAAUCAUGUGAACAGCAGUAACUGUAACAGUACAGCGAGCAGCAACUGCAACAACAGACCUGGGCUGUUGCCUUUGCCAAUUGUUCCCUCUCGACUACCUACUCCAGCCACGGCUGCUUGCACCACAGUGAACAGCGACGUGAUAACGAGCCUUGUGGCCAACUCAUCCGCAGGUUCAACUACCAAAACGCCUUGCAUGUCCAAGACUGAAAAUCAGCCUCAAGGACUUGCAACUAGUGUUAGGUGGGGACAGACACCCAUCAAUCAGUCUACACCCUGGGACACAGAUGAACCACCCUCUAAACAGAUGAGGGAGAAUGAAAACCCAGGUACAGCACCAUGGGUUACAACAGUUGCAGCCGGUAGCCAGCCAACUCUUAUAACUCAUUCAUAUGGAAUGACUCAGCCUCCAACCUUCAGCCCAGCAGUGAACGUCCAGGCCCCUAUCAUUGGAGUUACACCCUCACUCACUCCUCACGUUACCCCUCAGCUUCCAUUAAUGCCAGCUCAUUAUCAGCUUCAACAGCAGCCUUCACAGCCUCUGAAUAACAUGGUUGUGAACCUGCAAAGCCAGCCUUUGUACACUAACAGCCAGCCGAUCAUGUCCUCUAUGACUGGGGUUGGUCAGGUGACUCACCCAGGCCACACUGCAGUAGGGAAUGGUCAUAUGACUUGCCCUAUUCUGCCUCCACCACCACCUGCUCUGCCUUCAGCUGCCCUACCCAAUAGUGUUCCAGCUACCAAUGGGCAGGCUGCUCCUCAGCUUCCUCCCAACCAGACGGGCAAUCAGGAGACCACAAAUGGGGUACAAAUGCUACGGACUAUUGGCGUGGGAAAGUACGAGUUCACAGACCCUUGGCAUCCAAAAGAAAUGUUGAAGGAGUUGAACCAGCAACGCAGAGCGAAAGAGUUUACAGACCUGAAAAUUAUUGUUGAAGGCAAAGAGUUUGAAGUCCACCAAAAUGUUCUAGCUUCCUGCAGCUUGUAUUUCAAGGACCUGAUUAAAAGGUCACCACGAGACAGUAGCAGAGGCGGGGAGAAGCUGGAAUUGGCCAUGUCAAACCUCACUGCAGAAGUCCUGGAAUUACUACUGGAGUUUGUUUAUACAGGUUCUUUGAUCAUAGAUUCUGCCAACGCAAAAACUCUUCUGGAGGCUGCCAGCAAGUUCCAGUUUCAUACUUUCUGUAAAGUCUGUGUGUCAUUUCUAGAAAAACAAUUGACUGCCAGCAACUGCUUAGGAAUAUUAGCCAUGGCUGAAGCUAUGCAGUGCAGUGAACUAUACAACAUGGCCAAAGCAUAUGCCCUACAAAUUUUCCCAGAGGUGGCGAAUCAAGAGGAGAUCCUUAAUAUCUCAAAAGACGACUUCAUUUCCUACAUGUCCAAUGACAGCCUGAACACCAAAGCAGAAGAGCUGGUGUACGAAACAGUGAUAAAAUGGAUUAAGAAGGACGCUGCACUCAGGGCUCAGUAUGCUGCGGAGUUGCUGGCAGUGGUCCGCCUCCCCUUCAUCCAUCCCAGUUAUCUGCUAAAUGUUGUUGACAAUGAGGAGUUGAUAAAGUCUUCAGAGGCCUGCCGGGAUCUAGUGAAUGAAGCAAAACGUUAUCACAUGCUCCCACAUGCCCGACAAGAGAUGCAGACACCAAGAACCCGGCCCAGGCUAUCAGCAGGUGUGGCCGAGGUAAUAGUCCUAGUGGGAGGUCGUCAGAUGAUUGGCAUGAACCAACGAGCUUUAACGGCGGUCACUUGUUUAAAUCCUCAAAACAAUAAAUGGUACCCGUUGGCCAGCCUGCCUUUCUACGAUCGGGAGUUUUUCAGUGUAGUCAGCGCUGGAGACAACAUCUAUCUUUCAGGUGGCAUGGAGUCUGGUGUCACGCUGUCUGAUGUCUGGUGUUACAUGUCCUUACUUGAUAACUGGAAUCUCGUAUCCCGAAUGACAGUCCCAAGGUGUCGGCACAACAGCCUGGUGUACGAUGGGAAAAUUUAUACCAUUGGAGGUGUUGGUGUGGCAGGCAAUGUUGAUCAUGUGGAAAGGUAUGACACAAUCACCAAUCAGUGGGAGACAAUUGCUCCUCUGCCAAAGGCCGUGCAUUCUGCAGCUGCCACUGUUUGUGGUGGCAAGAUCUACGUGUUUGGUGGGGUGAAUGAAGCUGGUCGUGCUGCUGGAGUCCUGCAGUCAUAUGUCCCUCAGACUAAUGCAUGGAGUUUUAUAGAGUCUCCAAUGAUCGAUAACAAAUAUGCUCCUGCAGUCACUCUCAAUGGGUUCAUCUUUAUUCUUGGAGGAGCUUACGCAAGAGCAACCACCAUCUAUGACCCAGAGAAAGGCAAUAUUAAAGCAGGUCCCAACAUGAACCACUCCAGGCAGUUCUGCAGUGCUGUGGUUCUUGAUGGAAAAAUUUAUGCCACCGGUGGAAUUGUUAGCAGCGAAGGACCUGCGCUGGGGAAUAUGGAAGCCUACGACCCUAAGACAAACACGUGGACGCUUCUACCCAAUAUGCCAUGCCCUGUGUUUCGACAUGGCUGUGUAGUAAUUAAAAAGUACAUUCAGAGUGGUUGA